UUUCGACGCGUUAUCUGUCACUCUCACUCCCUCACUCCCUCACUCAUUCUUACCCUCUCACCCUCUCACCCUCACUCACUUCACUCUCCCCCUCGAGGAGCCAUGAUGGACCUGAACCCGCCUCACCUCACCGCGCGCGCUCGGCGAUGAUCGGAAAGCUGGGAACACGUGCUGUGCAACGGGGGCGACACCAACGACACGACGCCAGUAUCGCACAAGCAUGAGCAAUCAUCCGCCUCUGAGGCCACCGCCGCCGCCGAGGUCGCCGUCUGGUCCGCGAACACACUCGUCUCUCUCACAGGACUCAUUACGGAGCGAAUCUUCUCUUUCCAGCGCCACCAUUGAUUCGGUCGAAGCAACCGCGUCGAGGCGCUCGCCAUUUCUCUCGCAGCAACCAACAGCCAGGCCGUCCACUGCGGGAGGAUUAGCAUCGACGCAGACUGGCGCGACGAUUCAGACCGUUCCUCGACAUGUUGCGCGUGGCUCUCUAGAUGGGUUCAGAGCCGCUUCACCUAUGUCGAGCCAACAGUUGGGCCAUCGUGCUCGACAGCACAGUCAAGGAUUUUUCGAGCCCUCGCUACCGACUGCGAGUGGCAACGGUAAUGCGCUCUCUGCUUCGCAAAUCGCGGCUCAGGCUGCAUACUCUCAUCGAGCUUCGCCGCCACCUUCCCAAUUCGAGAGAAAACGCUCCUAUCCGGGAUUGGCACCCAUCAAUACCCAUGGUCCGCCAGGCAGUCGCCGACCUAGUCAUGAACAGAAUCCCGUGAAUCAAAUUUCCACUACUUCUACUCUACCGUAUAGCAAUGGCUCCGUGGGCGGCAGCAGAUUAGCAGCAACCACUGCAGCCAAUGUGGCGUUUCCAAAUGGCAGAAGCCCUCUUCCAUCACCUAGUAUUCCGCCAUCCAUCAAUAACCUCAGUCUUGGUCCGGUUCCCGAUAAAGAACCAAAAUCCAAGACUUCUAGAAUGAAACUGUUUGCAAAACCCAAAAACAUCGUCUUGUCGAAAGAGAAAGAGAGUAAAGCAUUACCGGGUGCGCCAUCUCCUAGCAAAACUCCCUCCACAGCGACAUUCCUCCGCAAUGGGUUUGCAAACGCAUCAACGACGAGCCUCGUCGAUCCUACAGCAAGCUUGAGCUCACUCUACUCUUCUGCGAACGCAUCCACGUCCACUUUGGUUCCCCUCAUAUCCGAAAAGGAAAAGGAAAAGAGGCACAACUUUUUGACCCGGCAAAAGCAUAAGCUUCGCGAUGAGCCUGGACAACCACUGCUGUCAUCGGCACACUCAAAUUCACAGGCGACAGAUCCUGGAAAGGCACCUCUGUACUCCUUUACGCCAGAUUCUCCCGGUCCAGGUGCCUUUGCCAAGUCAAUGUCAGGUUUCGACUUACGGCAUGGAGGCCGAGCUUUACGCGACAAGAAGAAAGAGGAAAAGGCCGCUGCUGCUGCGGCACGGCUUGACCUUGUCCCCACCGUGUCGAACACAUCGGUCACUGGCGGCACUAGCGAUCAAUUUCUGGGGCCUAGUAGCUACGAAACGAACUUCAUGGGACCUCCGUCAGUCGCACCGAGUCUCUUCGCCUUUCCAUCGGACACUGCUGCCCUUCCCGUCACCGCUCAAGCCUUCAGCAACAUCGGCGCAUCAAUGGGUCUUCCUGGUAUUGGCCCCGAUGAUGCAUGGCCGUUGCUCAAGGCGCGUCUAUUGAAUCUAUUCUCUGGCGAAAACCUCCGAACUCCCAUCGAAGACUUCAACGCGCUGGUCAGUGUACACGUCAAGAGCUGUAUCCAGCGUCGUUCGCCCAUCGUUCUUGUGGAAGACGUCCGAGAGUUGUUGCAGACUGGUUUCGGCUCUCUGGCUCAGACUUUACGAGGGAUUCCCGAUGAUCGGUUGGUAACUAACCUGGUGGAGAUGUGGAUCGGUGUAUAUGGCGCAAUCUUGCCCUUUCUACAAGCUGUUUUCCUCCCUCUGGAGCUGGAAUUCAAAGGACGAGGCACCAUGAUGUCCUUGCGAGAAGCUCAGGAGUUUUGGGGUGCGAUUCCCGAAUCUCUCAAGUUAGAUACGGAUCAUCGCCCUUCCUCUGCUGGAGGCAGUACGAUUCGACCCUCUCCCUCCGAACUCCACGAAGAGCUUGAAAUCCGUCGACUCACUCUCAUUGCCUUUCGGGACGAGGUCAUUCUGCCCAGACACGAAAUCCUGAUGAACAUUUUCAGUCGCCUCUCUUUAGACAACAUCAAUGCUCGAGCCUCUCCUGACCCAGCGGCAGCGAAACGUAGAGGUCGAGAUCACGCUCGAAGCGAUCCCUCCGCACCGGGCGCGGAACGACCUGGUACAGCAGGAAGUCUCAGUCCACGACUCAGCAGUUUCAAUUCUCAAGCUUCGACAUUAUUAGAUGCGGCCAGUAUUUCUUCUGGCGGUGGAGAUGCCAUGCGUAGCAGGGCUACUUCGAACACUUCUGCUGGAAGUUUUGGAACCAAUAUGCCACAUCUGCAAUGCCACCCACAUCCGCACCCUUCACCUGGCCUCGGACCUGGUUCGUUCAACGUCACCAGUCAACCGGUCCAACAACCAUCCUCGCCACCCGUCGCGCUAGCCGACCCUGCCAAGGUUACAGAAACGGUAGCACGAAUGUUACAAUGCUUGUACGUGCUGGCCUCGUGUCAGACCGGAGACGUCGCACAGGGAAACGUGGAAAGAUUGACAAACGCACUCAAGUACAAUUGGCUCGGGAGAGGUCGAACCGGAAGGGACCGACGAGGUUGGGUCGGAAUCAAAGCUGGAAGGGUUGGAGGUUGGACAGGUGGGCGCAUAGAACCUCACCUCAAACCUACUGUUGGAUACUGAGAGGGAGUGUGUGUGUAAGAAAAGAGAGAGGACAAUAAAAAGCCAGCAGAAUCUGGCACGGGCUCCGGGGAGGUUUAGUUUCUUCUGUGACCCCUACUGCCCCUAGAUGCUACUACUACGACGACGAUUGUGAGACUAUGAUACCCAUUGGAGACAAAAAAAACGAAACGAAAGAAAUGGACAGGAUAGGAUAGGAAGGGAAGGGAAGGGAUGGUUCAUUCGUAGGCAGAACAGGGAUAAGGUCGGCCAAUGCAUUCAAUGAUUUGAUGUUGCAAACGAAAAAAAGAAAAAAACAGCGAAUUAUCAACCUAGGUAGGUAUGGAAGGAAAGGGCUCUUCUUGAGAGGAAGGAAGGAAGAAAUUACUUACUCUAGGAAGGAAACACUAGGUACGAAGAAAAAGAU